AUGCAAUGCAAUCGAUUCAUCCGUCCUUCAACCAGCCAACCAACCAACCGAGGCGCAUCUCCAUCAACUAAACACAACAGCAAAGCUGCCCGGCUCAAAGCUAAAGCAGAUUCUCAUGCGCCUAGCAAACAGGCUGCAGCGCAGGCAGACGCGGGGCAGCGGCGUGUAGUAACUGGCCGAAUGAGAGGUGCCUGGACUUUCGAGAGGUCCCUGCAUGCGGCAUUGCUUGGGAGCCGUGAUGAUACAUACUGUACUCCAUACGAGUCUGAAGAGCGUUAA